ACAAAAGCAUCAGUAAUUGAAAGAAGUUAAUAAAAAAUCAAAAUGCAACUUUCUGAAAACCAUGAUCUACCGAUAAGCUUCAAUCAGCCUGAUUUGGAUUCAAAAUGGAAACUACUAUAGUCCUCAAAAGAAUACAUUGAAUAUCAUGUAGGACCCAAUUUUCAGGUGGUAUAAUCUCCUUUCUACAACGAUUCAUCAGAUAGGUUUUUAGCACCAAAAAAGCAUGCCAACUCCAGAAAACAGAGAAAACACUCCAAUGGCCAACACAUUUCAAUCUAAAAAAUGAGGCAAGGAAAACAAAAGCUAUUAGCUGCUAAGCAGCAGCAGGUGGACGAAACUAAUUUGUGCAAAAAAACAUUGGGACAGCAUUCACUCUAUCUUCUUGUAUUUAUACAAUUUUCCAUGCUAUAAUAUCUAUCUUGUAGUAUUUAUACAAUUUUCCACCCUAUAGUAUAAUUUUAAAAUUAAUUAAAAGUAAUAAUGUUAUAUUAUUUUAGCAAUUUUAAUUCGAGUAGGACAUGGCAUAUUUUAAAGACCACAUGCCUUGUGUUGUGCAUGCAAAUAUUUGUAAUUUAUUUUUUAGCACAAUAUAGGAUUUUACAACUGGGUGGUAUUAUGGAUUGGAAAUUUUAGGCUACAAUGAAAACCCUAAUAGGCCCCCGCCAAAAAAAAAAAAAAAAAAAAAAAAAAAAAAAAAAAAAAACACUAAAAAGGAACUUGUUUCCAAAUAUGCAUUAAAUUACUUGCCAAAUAUCUAAUAACAUAUUAUAUUAAAAUUAGCUAUUUCCUCAGUGUAGAUAUCACUCUUCCCAGCCAAUUAUGGUUCUUUUAUCACUGCUACCAUUGCAUGAGUAAUUAAUAAUUCCUUAGUUAUUAAUUGCUAUAAAUUACCAUCCCCAUUAUCAUUUAAAGCUUAGUGCUUUUAUAAAACUUUUUGUUUUAUUUCAUAGCUCUUUUCACCCACAUCUUGGAGGUCGUACGUUUGAGACACUGGGGGCGGGGGGGAGUUGUUGUAAUUCAUAAAAAUAUAAAUUAAAAAAAAAAUAGCACUAACCAAAUAAAUAUUUAAGUGCUAGAUCAAAAAUAAGAAGAAGAAUUUUUAAACUAAAACAGAAAAAUUUUAGACAUUUACUAUUUUAAUUAAAGCAUUGUUUGAAGAAGCACCUAUUAAGGUAAGUGCUUCUCCUAAAAGCACUUCAAGCGCUUUUUUAUCGCAUUUCUACCAAACACCUUGUCAUCUGUGUGUUUAUACUGAAAGUUCUUUAGCCCUAUAAAAAGUGCUACCUUAAAGGCCCUUAGAAAGUCAACUAUAUAUGAUAUAGGCUUUACCAUCUCCAUAGCAAAACUCUACCCUUAAUUCCUAGGAGAUUAAUCAUCCACCCAUUAUGGUAUUCCAACCAUGCGGUCACCUUGCUCCAAUCAAUCUUAAAAUCCAACAGAACCAACAAAUAAAAGACCCUUUAAGGACCACAACUAGAUGUAAUUGUGGACUAGCCACACAGUAACAUCUUAUUCAAUUAAAUAGGAAAAUCCAAACAAGAUUGGCUCUGGAUUUAUUACCUUUCCUAAAUCUGGAAAUAGUCUAUCUGAAAUAAAUGAUGCCAACCAAAAGUGCCAAAGUUUAAUUAUGGUAGCAGUCACACAAACAAAGAAAGAUAGUUAAAAGCUUUCCAUAUUUGAAAAGAAAAAUCAUAUAUAGAAACAAUGAAGGCCUAAAAUCCAAUAUUAGAAACAUUGAACCUAUUUGUGAGCAUAAAUCUCAAAGUCAUAUAUACAUAUGCCUGAUCACCGCUUUCUCAAAAUUUUCUCUUAUAUUUUCCAAUCAAAUUUGAGGAAAAAUCCAUUUUCUUCUUGAGAAUUCCCGGUAGAAAUCAAGAUAAGGAUCAUGGGUCGACGAAAGAUUGAGAUAAAAAUGGUGAAGGAUAGCAGUUCCAGGCAGGUCACCUUCUCUAAGCGCCGGACUGGCCUUUUUAAGAAAGCGAAUGAGCUCGCUACCUUGUGUGGUGCAGAGGUUGCUGUAGUCGUCUUCUCACCAGGUGGAAAGCCCUUCUCAUUUGGGCAUCCAAACGUUGACUCUGUUGCAGACAGGUUUCUAAAUCAGGACCCAGAACCAAAAGAUGGAAAUGUUAUUGGGACUUCAAGCGCGGAGAAGCUUAACCAGCAACUCACUGAUCUGCUGAAGCAGUCGCAGGCAGAGAAGAAGCGGGGAGAGAUACUUGAUAAGGCAAUAAAGGCGAGUCACAAAACAUCAAUAGAUGAUCUUAGCUUGAAUGAGCUUGAAAAAUUGAAGAGGUCACUGGAAAAUCUAAGGGAGAAUUUGAAAGUGCAAGCCAAUGAGAUGGAGGCAUCAUCUUCAUUGCUGCUCCUAGCCAACAAACCAGCUAAAUAGGAUGAUAUUUGAGAUAGUGGCUAAAAGUGUAUGAGACUUUGUAGUUUAAUGCAGUGUGCAUUUAUGUUAAUUUCCUAUAGAGUUUUGAAUC